AUGGCAGGUGGUUCCAUUUUGACUCUAGCUACUGGAUUGUCGCGUAUCCUCAUUUCAUUCUUCCCCAUCGGCAUCCUCGGCACGUUUAAACUCGUACGCGGUGUCGCCUGGCUAUCUCAAGACAAGCAAGUCCCAUCAGCAUCCCCGGAUGCGGAAGAGUUUUGGAAGAUGUGGUGCGAUGGCGAGAGGGGAGUGCGUCUCACGCAUGAAGAGGCGGCGUCCCUCGUCAACGCACCGGCGGCACCAAACGACGGCCUAGUGUCGCCAGACGGGCGCACCGCGUAUUCCUGGCCAAUGCCCAAGGGGUGGCGAGGCAGAGGUGAACAGGAAAAGCCUGACGAGGACGAUACCUAUGCGUACGCCAAAUGGGAAAAGCGCCAAGAAAGCCGGAUCCACCGUGCAUUCUUCUGGCUUCCCAACCUCCCACCGGCAUCGGUGCGGUACUAUCACGAACUGUCACCAGCCGAGCAGGGCCAAGUGGAUGCGCUGCGACGAUACUGGUCGAGCCUUCAAACGUUCAAGGACCGUCUUCGCGUCGCCCGUUGGCUCGUGGCCACCCUAGUCGGCAUCCCGAUCAUUCUCCUGCUGCUCGUUUGGGCCACAGGUUUAGAGCGCGUGCCGCUCACAGGACGAUGGCGUUUGAUUCUUCUCACGGCCGAUGAGGAAGACGCCAUUUCUACGAGCCUCGAGGGCCCAAACUGGUUUAAAAGUGUCAUCAACCUCCUGACCACUCCUGAACAUCCUGCUCCACCAAUCGUCCCGUUGUCAGACUGGCUCGAACGCGUCGAGAAUGACGAUGACACGCGACCCAUUGGAUUCGUGGGCCUCUGGCCCCCUCCAUCAGAGUAUCCUCUCAAACCUCGUGCCCGUGCAGCUGCCCGGUUGCAUGCCGCGCUGCCCGGGGGCGACCGGGAGUCUGGAACUGAGCAUCUGGAACUCGGCCCCCCUUACAACAUCAUGAUUAUGGAAGCGCCAGACAAGAAUGCCUUUUCGUAUGGCUUUGGUGGCAAGGGGGCAGGAGGCAUCGUCAUCUUCACUGGUCUCCUCGAUGACAUCCUUCGUCGAGGGGCUCCCCCAGCUGAGCCAUCCCCACCACCGCAGCCUCAAGGUAUCUUCGCCAGCCUCUUCUCUGGCUCUCCACCUCGUCCCAUCGUUGCCCCCCCAAUGCCCACGCAUGAGCAGACAUUGCACCUGGCCAUCGUCAUCGCCCAUGAAAUGGCUCACCUUCUUCUUAGCCACCACCUUGAAACUCUCUCCCACCAGCAAGUGCUUUGGCCUUCCGUUGUCGGCUUAUCCAUGGAUCUGGUCCGCGCAUUCAUUUGGCCAUUCACCUUGUUCCUCGGUCCCACCGUCAAUGAUGCUUUGGCAAAUAUUGGGCGCGUGGGCACUGAAGAGCUAUCCAAUCGAUAUGGACAUAUCGGUUUCGAAUUCAAGCACGAGUUCGAGGCCGACUUUGCCGCUCUCCGUCUUUUGACCCACGCUGGCUUUGAUCCCCAGGCUGCUGUCGAUAACUUUGCCGACUCGAUGGCCAGCCUUCAAGAGAUUCAAAGUGAACCCGAGCCGUGGUGGUCGCUAUUCAAAUUGUGGUCGUGGAUGAGACACCCCACUUCCGAAGAAAGGGUUGAAGCUAUGCGUGUUGAGCUGGAGCGCUGGCGUGAAGUAGAACGGAGAGCCGAAGCGGACUAG